ACAAAGCGGAGCUCCUGCGCCGCCCCAUCUCUCCUCUCCUCCCGUCCGUAUCUCUCUCUUGCUCGCACUCGCGGAGAUCGAAGAGAAGCGCAGGAGGCCCCAGCACUAGCGCCGCCCCGCCGCCGCAUCAGACAUGGCGCUGGCCGCUCGCCUCGUCUCGCGCUCCCGUCAGCUAUAUUCGGUUCAAGCCACUUUGGGGAAUGGAGGUGUCACUCAAGUUCGCUCCUUUGCCAAGGAUGCAGCUCCAGCUGACCGUCCUCCUGUCGGUGGGGAUGAUCUCCUGAAGGGCAUAUUCUUUGAGGUAAAGAAGAAGUUUGAGACAGCUCUUGGUGUUCUUAAAAAGGAAAAGAUCACUAUUGAUCCAGAUGACCCAGCGGCAGUUUCUCGUUAUGCCCAAGUCAUGAAGACUGUAAGGGAAAAGGCGGAUCUUCUCUCUGAUUCUCAAAGGAUUAAAUAUACCAUUGAGACCUUCACCAAGGGCAUCCCUGAUGCACGGACUUACUUGAAUACUCUUCAACAGCUCAGAAUAAAGAGUGGUCUUAUAGAUCAUCUUGGAAUUGAGCCUUUGAUGAUGGAAGCUCUUGAGAAGAUUGAGAAGGACAUUAAGAAACCACUUUUGAGGAGCGACAAGAAGAACAUGGCCACCCUCUUGGCAGAGUUUGACAAGAUUAACAAAAAGCUUGGCUUUCGGAAGGAGGAUCUUCCCAAGAUCGAGGAAGAGCUUGAAUUGGAAAUUGCCAAAAGUGAGCUGACUGAACUUAAGAAGGAAUGCGUUGAAGCAAUGGAGACUCAACUCAAGAGGGAGGAGUUUCAAGAUGAGGAGAUGCCUGAUGUCAGGAAAUUGGACAUCAGAAACUUCCUGUAGGCCUGAUCGACGAUAAUCUUUGAGGCCCAACGCACCUCUGGUUUUGGUUUCAAGUUGAUCGGUGCUCCACACCUAUGAAUGCUGCUCCUUCCCUUUUUGUAAUAAAAGAAACUGCACGGUUGGGUAUGAGUUGGAUUAAAUCUUGCCUUUCUGUUGUUCUGGACUCUUGUGGCUGCAGCAACAAUGGGAUGUCCUUGUGUUAUAGCAUAUGAACUCGUUACGAGGCAUUCAGGAAAAUGGUGAUACCUGGUAUUUAACCUUUA